AGAGGGAGGAGAGGAUGCGACCAGUGCUGUUGAUGGACCGUCUCUCUGCAGAUGCUCGAAUGUGCGGACACAUUAUUUCUUCUUAUAAAUCCUCCUCCAGGCGCGAUUAAAGGCUGUGAAAACUCAAAUCAGGUGACAAGAUGGGGAACGGUUCGAUGAAAUCAAAGCGUUACAAACACGCGGACGGCUCUGCUGGUUCCUCCAACAGCCGAAUCUAUAAAGAUCAGGGGUUCAAAAACUCGUCCCUGGACUCUCUGAGGGCCCGAGUGGACGAGCUGGAGCGAGAGGGCAAGAGGAGGGACGAGGAGCUUUGUGCCAAAGAGCAGCAGAUCAAGGCUCUUCAGGAGCAGCUGGCCAAACAGACUCGAGCUCUGGCCGAGCUGAGCGAGGAGCUGCAGAACAAGUGCAUCCAGCUCAACAAGGUGCAGGAUGUGAUGAAGAACCAGACCUCGGCAGGUUUGGUGUCAAGGCCUCCUUCAAUCAAAGCCAGCGGCAAGAGCAGCCCCAACCUCAGCGUUCGCAUCAAGGACACCAUUAACAGGAGGAAAGGGGCCAAAGCUGGGGUGUCGGCAGAACCCACAUCCAGGACGUACGAUUCCAGCGUCCUGCCCAAAUUCUCUUUCGAGAAGGCCCGGGUAUCAAAGGAUGCAAGUGUGAAGAAGCUGCUGACAGACUCCUUGAACAAGAACCAGUACCUGAAGAGGCUGGAGCUGCAGCAGAUCAAAGACAUGGUGGAGUGUAUGUAUGAGCGCACCUACCAGCAGGGAGAGUACGUCAUCAAGCAGGGAGAACCUGGGAACCAUCUGUUCGUCCUGGCAGAUGGGAAGCUGGAUGUGUUUCAACACAACAAACUGCUCACAUCGAUAACGGUGUGGACCACGUUUGGAGAACUAGCCAUCCUGUACAACUGCACACGGACCGCAUCAGUGCGAGCGGUGAACAGAGUGAGGACAUGGGCUUUGGACCGGGAGGUGUUUCAGAACAUCAUGAGGAGGACGGCUGAGACGCGACAUGAACAGUACCGCAACUUCCUCCGAAGUGUCUCACUCUUGGCUAAUCUACCAGAGGACAAGCUGAGCAAAAUAGUGGACUGCCUGGAGGUGGAAUACUAUGACAAGGGAGACUACGUUAUCCGGGAAGGAGAGGAGGGCAGCACCUUCUACAUCAUCGCACAGGGGAAGGUGAAGGUGACCCAAAGCACCGAGGCCCACAAGGUACCACAGAUCAUCAACACGCUGCAGAGGGGAGACUACUUUGGAGAGAAAGCACUUAUCAGUGAUGAUGUCAGGUCGGCUAAUAUCAUCGCUGAUGAGAACGGGGUGGAGUGCCUCGUCAUCGACAGAGAGACAUUUGAUCAGACAGUGGGCACCUUCAAUGAGCUGCAGAAGUACCUCCAAGGCUACGUGGCAACACUUGAUCGUGACGACAAGAAGAGACAUGCCAGGAGGUCGGUGUCACGUCACCAGAGCCAGCCGCUGUCCCCAGACGUCAUCCAGCUGAAGGAAAUGGUGUCAGCGUUUUCUUCAUCCAGGCCCUUUGACCACCUGGAGGUCAUUGCUACUCUCGGGGUCGGCGGGUUUGGACGAGUGGAACUGGUGAAGGUGCAGGGCCAGGACGUCACCUUUGCCCUUAAAGUCAUCAAGAAGAAGCACGUGGUGGACAACAGGCAGGAGGAGCACAUCCACUCGGAGAGGAAGAUCCUCGCUGAGGCUCGCUCGCCGUUCGUUGUCAAACUGUAUCGCACGUUUAAGGACAACAAGUACGUGUACAUGCUGCUGGAGGCCUGUCUGGGUGGAGAGAUCUGGAGUCUGCUCAGAGACAGGGGGAGUUUUGAUGAGCCCACUGCCAAGUUCUGCGUUGGCUGCGUUACAGAGGCUUUCGAUUACCUCCACCGCAAGGGUGUCCUCUACAGAGACCUGAAGCCUGAGAAUCUCAUGCUGGAUACUGAGGGAUACAUCAAACUGGUUGACUUUGGUUUUGCCAAGAAGAUCAGAUGCGGCCAAAAGACGUGGACCUUCUGCGGGACACCGGAGUACGUGGCCCCUGAGAUCAUCCUCAACAAAGGCCACAACUUCAGUGUUGACUUCUGGUCUCUGGGCAUCCUCGUGUUUGAGCUCCUUACUGGCAGUCCUCCGUUCUCAGGGAGUGACCAGAUGAUGACGUACACUUUCAUCUUGAAAGGCAUCGAGAAGAUGGACUUCCCCAAGAAGAUAACCAAGAGACCCGAGGACCUCAUACGCAAGCUGUGCAGGAGAAAUCCCUCAGAGCGACUGGGCAACCUGAAAAAUGGAAUAAUUGAUAUCAAGAAACACAGGUGGUUUAACGGCUUCAACUGGGAGGGACUGAAGGCGAGGACUUUACCAUCUCCACUGAAAAGAGAACUCACUGGUCCAACAGAUCACAGCUAUUUUGACAGCUACCCUCCAGAUGAGGACAGUCCUCCUGAUGAGCUGUCUGGCUGGGACAUGGACUUCUGAGACCUUCUGCUCCAUCUUUCCAUUGUUGUCCUUCCUUUGUACACCCUAACAACCGAAACUAAUGGGCAAAGUGGGUUUUCAGGUGACCUCACAUCACCUCUGGCAGCCGUGGUGGAGGUUGUCACGUUCUGGGCGACUGUAGCUGAAAUUUGCUGGUUACUUUAUGAAGUUAUGAUUUGGGCAUCUUGACAGAAAUGAAGAGUUAAAGGAGAAUUCUCCGUUGAGUUUGUUUUGUUAACAUCACUGUCAUUUUGGAUAAUAAAUCUGAUUGGCACUCCAGUGAAUGAGGUACAGUUUAGAAGUAAAGCAGCAGUAGCACGUUAGCUUAAAAGCUAAAAUCCAUAGUACGAAAAGCUACUGAGGUUCUCCACAAUCUCCUUCUGAGAAAUGCUGCACUUCUGUGUUGCACUUAAAUCCACAACAGCCGGCAGGGUGUGUGGGUGGGAAGCCAGUGAGGGAUCAAGUCUUUGGAUGGCAGGGAAACUUGUGCAAAGCGAGUAAGGCAUGUAUUAAAACAACAACAACAAAAAAAGCACAUGUAUGCGUGACUUUGCUCAGCUCAGCUCAUAAUCGAUUCCAAAAUAAUAACAACCUACAAGUCCUGGAAAAAAACAUGUUUUUAAAUUCUGCAGUUGGGAUUUGGACUUCAUGUGCUUCAGGCUAGAGUUCCAGUUAACGACCAUGCAAAGUGUUUACAACAUGGCGGACCACAACUGGUGCUCAAAACAAAUCAAAAGGGGCCAAUGUUGUCCAAUUUACAACUCAAUUUGCAGAAAAAAAUGUUGGCAUUGUACAUUUCUGCAAACCACGGAUAUGUUACAUUUGUACUUUAGUAUGUAGCAGAUACACUGAAAGUUGAAACUACUUGUCUUUGCGUUUCUACAUUGCUGUGGUUAAAAUGUAGUUAGCUUUAGGCACAAAAACCAUUUGGUUAUGGUUUGGAAAAGAUUGUGUUUGGCUUAAAGUACCCUGUUUUGGUUGCACUAUCCCCGCUGGAAACACAGCAACAUCUCUGUAAAAAAACAGCCGUUUUAUCGUGGCGCUAUCCCCAGUGGAGAAACAGUGACGAGAUGCUAAAUAACACACGUUAAGUGGUUAAAAGUCCACUGGAAAUGCAGCGAUGAUUUGCUAAAAACAACCAGUUUUGUUGUUUGUCAGUUGCAGAAAGUGGUCUGAAUCUUGGCAGGCAUCUUGCCUAAGUGACAUGCCAUCCACCCUCCCCUCCACCUCCCAAUGACAAAGUCAGCUCAUAUACUACGUCACUUUAGAAACACUGAUAUGAUAGGGAUGAAACAUACAAAUGAAGCAUACCUGUGGUUUGCAGAAUAGACCCUUUUACAGUUAGUAAACAGUAUGACGCUUUUGGAUGUGGGGCUUAGCUGGAGGCAAAACAGUUCUCCGUAGAAAUUAGCUAGUGAGUUCUGUUGGCUUGUUUCAGACAAUGGAGGAAGAUGAUGUGAGUGGUGCAUUUAGAAAUACUCAUUCACAGUGGCAGAGUGCACUCUGGACACUCUGUCUGUGAAGACGGAGCAGCAGAGCGCCAAGUGGAGUGAAUGUGUGAUUAACUUAACCGUUGGUUCAUUCAUGUAGAAAUAUAACGCUCUGUUUCUUCCACCAACAGGGCUCUCAUUUUAGUGUAGAGCGUCAGACUGAAUUUACCAACGCACCAUGUCAGGUCACUCACUCUCCGGGACCGCCAGUGUUACUUGAAUAAGUAAACACUGACCAACGGGACCAGACUGGCCGACCCGUAUGCUCUCACCAGCGUUGCCAGGUGUACGAUAAUUAUCGUAUUUGUACGAUAAUUUGGCCCUCUGUACGAUGUACGAUCAAUAAUCCCAAAAAAGGCCAAAUGUACGAUAAUUUGACCAUUUCAUGAAUGUGUGGUUGUAGUCAGUAUGCCGGAGUUUUUUUGUGAGCCCUGAAGGCAUCUGUUCUGUGACAUGUUUCCAGCCAAUCACACUUUGCUUAGUUAGCAUGAGAUACGGGUGACGUUUGUCUCUGAACAAUGAGCACAAUUGGCUGAAUGGUCAGCUGUACCCGCCCCACGAGACGCUAGACCCGUCAGGAAGUCAAGUGAGAAUGAGAUUCAAAACAGAAGAAGAAGAAGAGGAAAAACAGAAGCAAGGAAAAUGGAAAAAAAGUAAACCAAAAAAGUAAACACCAGAGUGAAUAUAUUUGCCUAUAGCACAUCAGUAGGAUUGUUAUUUUGGUUAUGAUGGAUAUACGAUAAUUUCCCUCAAAAUACGGUCAUUUUGAGUCUCUGGUACGAUAAUCCUACAUUUCCCAUCUGGCAACGCUGGCUCUCACUCAGUGGAUGGAUGAUGUCACAGGAAGCCAAUCUUACAAAGGAGGACCACACUUGUUUGUUUUGCUAUGGAAGCUAACGUUAGCUAAUGCGCUAAAAAAGUUAGCAUUCCAGAGAAAUCCAAUAUUCCUCUUAAUCCCUCCCCAGUUUCUGAUGAGGUGGACAUGAUAACCCUUAAUACACAUAACCUUAUUCAUCCCUAUAACAGGAAAUACUUUCUCCCUAACCUGAUAUGAAGUGUGCGCUGCACAUGUGAGCAUUUUUGAUGAUGGCCUCCGUCCAGUCCUUUGGUCUUAUUGCAUUUAACCAUCUUUGUUUUUGUUGACGGGCAGUGGGGGCUGGUUUUGAGCCAUGACUCCUAUUCUGGCUCCCAAUAACACAACAAGACUACAUUUUAAGACUCCUGUGUGGCUACAGCCCUGUGGGGGAGAGGCAGGUUUUGCCUCCAGCUAAUAAAAUUACAUCAUUGUGACAUCAGGGUUAAAAGGGUCUAUUGUACAAUGUCAACAUUUUCUUCUGGCCACUGGGCCGCCAAUUUAAUCAUUCAAGUGACAGUGUGGUACAUGAUGACAUUUUCACCACACACUGUGCCACUGACAGAGUGAAGCAACUUAACAAAUGCAACAUUAGAUGCUUUUAUCUUUGCUGUAGUUUCAAAAUCCAUAGAGUUAUUAAUUACAGCUUUAGCUUUGCAAAGCUAGCCUGCAGGCGAAUUACUCAGGCUUUUUCUCAUACUGCUUUGGAGGGAGUCCUGUGUCACAGUAUCAUGUUCUCAAAUUCCUUAAUCAAUCUACGCCCAAGUAAUAAUCUUUCACAGAUACCUCUAAAUGAUUGUUUUCAGAAACUUUUCUAUGGGCCCUCAUGACGGCUCCAGAUGUGGUUGGUGGGGAAUAUUUGUGAUGCAGCUGCAGAGUCUUUAUAUCUUACAGCUGAGGGGAUUUUGUGAUGACAUGUGCAAUUUGUUUACCGCUGUAGAGGAACGGAGGUGUGUGGGGAGGAGAUAUGCGUGGAGAUGACACUGCAAAAAUACAGGCAACUCGAGAACAAACAGACUCGGGAGAAGAGACUCUACUUAUCUGCUUAGACGGCGUCUAACCACAGCGCACUCCUGUCCCACACAUGAAACAUUCGUGCUAAGAAGCAUCAAGAGUUCCUACAUGAAGAGUUCCUUCCCCACUUCAGUUAUAGAGUGUGAGCAUCCCGCGGCAUGGUGCCUGACCUGAAGAAAUAUUUACCUUUUUGAAGCUGAGUCAACUCUGUGGUUCCCAGCUUCUUAAGGAGAAGGGGUUCUGCUCGGUCUGAGGUGUUGAUGAUGUGAGGAGGAGGAGCAGCGAAGAGGCCAAAUGAGGCUUCGGGUUAAAAAAAACAUACGUACUUUCCAUUUUUAAACACUUGAGGUUUACAGUAAAUCGACUGUGUACCAUGUGUUUAUGUAUAUACUGUAUACUGUAAAGCACAAGCAUCAAAAAUACACAAUUUAUACAACCCAAGCUACUUGUUCCUUAAUGUUAACCUUAAAAACUGGGUGAGUGAAUUUUGUAAAUGUCGCAUAUACGUGUAUACAUUGACUGGUGAAUGUGUGUGUACAGUAUGUACAGUGUGUGAUAAUGUCUGUGUAUGGAAGCACCUGAUACUCCUGGAGAAGCUGUGGCCUUAAGAUAAUGACUACUGAUUCCAGGAUGCAGCUGUGUUUGUUAAAUAUUUCAGACAGAGUUUGUGUUUUCUCUUAAAUUUGACUUUUUGUAAUUGAAUCAAAUAGUUUUCUUAGAUUGGUUGAUUAAAAUGUUAUUUUAUGCCACGAUAGAUAUUAUUAUUUCUUUUAUUUUCAUACCGACAUGUGCAGACCUUUGCCACUGUGGACAUUUUGACUUGUCAGACACAUCUAUAAUAGCUGCAUUGUGUUCAUUAUCAGACCUGACAGCUGAUCUGAAUUGCCACUUCAUUCAACUCUAUAGUAUAUUCAUCCUGACAUCAUGUUCAUGUUUGCCCAUUUCUGUUGGCAGGAUGUCAUGUUUCGUUUUGCCAUUACCAAACAGUAGCAAGUGAUUUAACAGUUUUCACAAAAAAAUAGAGGACAAUACUUUUUAAAGUACCCACAACUUUUAUAACUGUAUCAGUGUCAUCCAUGCUUUUCUUUCGCUGCGAAUUUUCAUCCAUGAAGCUAGCUAUAUGGCUGGCUGUAAAAAAGAGAACUCAUACACUCUGAUCAAACUCAGAGGGUAUGAGUUCUCUGCACAUGGUUCUCAACAUUGAGGUGGCAGAACUGGCGGCUAGUAGCUAACGCUGCUAACUCCAUAAACAGCACUAAAAACAACACAUUCUCACUCCGACCUCGUCACUACCCAUGUUUCCAUCAGCCUGUUUAGACGCGCAUCUACAAGUAUCGCAUCGGAAAAUUAUGAUGGAAACGCCAAAAUUUGAAUUAAAAUCCCCUCG